CAGCGCUUCAGCAGCCACACUUGACUCUCAUCCGCCUUGGUCCGCAUACCCUCCUCUUGCCGCGCCGCCCAGCCCGAAUCGCCUCAGCUCGAAUCGCACCCACCCACCCGCAUCGAAUCGCAUCGAAUCGCAUCGAAUCGCAUCGAAUCGCUUCUACUGCACACCUCUUAGCUCGCACCUCGACCUGGAUCCACCUACCUCGCCAUCGUCCCAAAUGGGCUGCUCCAGAAGUUACUUUGUUCAGCCUCGCAUGCGAGCUCACUCUCGCAAGGCCGUCUCUGCCGACCCAUCCUCGGUCUGCUCCAGCCUCACCCAUGUCUCGCCCAAGACCAAGGCCAUCCCAAACACCAUUCCGGCCCGUACCUACCCCACCAACAGGAGCCCAUCGCCCGUCUCGCUCGGCAUCCUCAAGGCCCACGCCGACUUUGCCACCUUUGUCCUCUUCCGGAUCGCCUACACCCCGACGGUCCGCCCGGCUCGCUCCCGAAGCGAGAUUGUCUCGCUCCCGCAUCUCGAUCAGUUCCAGCAGUUCUCGCGCACGCUCUUCAACAUGCUGGCCCAGUAUCCCAAGCUCCGGCCGUUGUUUUCGCUGGCCUACUUUUAUGCCGCCCAGUUCUGCAAGAUGACCCGCCUGCAGCACCAGCAGAGCCUGGCCCAGCGUCCUCCUAGCCGCAACAGCACAUCUGCCUCCAUCUCUGGCUCCAUCUCUCCGUCGCCGUCCUUGCCCGGAUCCGAUAGCCAGACCAGCCUCUGUCCCUCAUCCAACUCCCAGGACGAGCUCGAGAUCCUCCCCAACCAGCUCCUGUCCAUCUUCCGCAUCGCCCUCAUUCUGGCCCAAAAGUUCCACAACGACCAGCGCUAUUCGAACGACUCGUGGUCCCGCAUCUUCGACAUGCCUCUGCCGGUCCUCAACGAGAUGGAGCGCAAGUUUCUCGCCGCUAUCCAGUACACCCUCCACAUCCGCCCGAGCACCUACGAUAGCUGGCUCGUCGUCAUCCACGAGCUGCGCCAGGAAUACCAUACUCGCAUCCUCCACCGCGAUUCGGCCGAUUCCAGAGCUCCUCUCCCAAUAUCGACCUCGCCUCGAACCUCCUGCAUUGCCGGCGACGCCGAGUGAGCUCUCCCAGCCUCAAUCCCUGGAUGGAUCGAGCCCAGAUGGCAUCGUUCUUCAUAUGAACUGCUCUCAUAAUCCGGACGCCAUCUCUCUCUCUCUCUCUCUCUCGGUCGACCACAUCCAGCCAGGGCCAUCUUUCCUGCAACAUGCCGAUUCCGCC